AUGUUCACAAAUCUGGGCCUGUUCAGCAACUACAGCUGCCCAGAGCUGACCUGUAACCGUCCAGGAUGUGUAUUUGCGCAUCCGGGACCCUCUUCCACUCGGGCCCCACCUCCAACGACUAGGCCAACAGCACCGCGGCCCCUCCCACCUACAAAGGAAGCCCAGCUAGCAAAGCAGUUUCAACAAGGAAUUCAUCUGUGCCGUCUCUUCCCAUUAAGACUCAGUCACCAAUUGCACGACCUCCAGCCGCAUCUGCCAGGGUAUGUGCCCUCGAUGCACCGAAACCUGCCCGUCUGUCACACGCUGACGCCGACGCCCUCUUCACAGUCGUCCACCAGUGCAACGCCUCGGUCGCAGUCGGGACCACCAAUGCUUCGCAUAGGUAAAUCUACUCCUCAACCCGUUUCAGACCGUCAGAAAGGAUUGCGAACGCUGUACGAUCAGUUUGUCAAACUCUAUGGAGAUCUUCUUUACGAUCACCCGGACCUCGCCCGGGAAUCUGCUAUACUUCAGGAGCAGGAGAUUUCCGCCUCAGCGGGACAGCUGAAGGCUUACAAGUCUGCCAUCCACCAUGCAGCAGUCUCAGUCUCGAGGAGGCCACCACCCGACUCCGUCUCCCACCCGUCGAUUGGAACUGUAAAGCAAUCGCGAGCCGCAACUGAAGCAGCAAAGGUGAAAUCAGCCAGUCGGCUUACUCGAGAUCGCAUAGAGCGAUACUAUCACUCGCCAGAGAGUCUAGCUCUAUGGGGCUACCCGGACUCAACCGACAACGAGCUUCAACAUCCAAGCACCCACCAAGUGAACGCCGAGGGCGAGCUUCACCUUUGCGGCCGUUGUAAGACCGAGUUUAUCGUAUCGACAAGCCAAGAACUGGGCGAUUGUCGCUACCAUUACGGAAAGCUGGCCCCCGAACGAGCAGAGGGUCGACGAGUUUGGGUGUAUUCCUGCUGCCGGAAGGAGCGGGGUUCUGAAGGAUGCGAGGACGGGGUCCACGUGUUUUCUUACAAGGAGGACGACAAGAAGCUGGCUGAAGUCGAAGCCUUCAAGACGACUCGAGUCGUUCGCGAAGAACUUGCCAAAACCAGAGAGCUCCCUAAACCUGUUGACGUCGUCGGCAUGGAUUGCGAAAUGAUAUACACUACAAGUGGUUCUUCUCUGGCCCGUGUCACAAUUGUGGAUGAGGACGGAGCUGCUCUCUUGGACGAGCUUGUUCGCCCAAGGAGUGACAUCCUGGACUUAAACUCGCGAUUUUCAGGCAUCACCGCGGAGGACAUGCUGUCAGCUGUCAUGGAUCUGAACGAAGUUCGAGCGGCAGGCUGCGCAUUCAUCGGACCAGACACCGUCAUCGUCGGUCACGGACUUGAAAAUGACCUGCGAGCCUUGAGGCUCCUCCACUCGAAGAUUAUUGACACAGCCAUCCUAUUCCCGCAUGACAAAGGUCCACCUUAUCGACGGGCACUGCGCGAUCUCGUGAAGGAGAAGUUGGGCUUCUUCAUCCAAGAUCGGACAAACGAGUCAGGUCACAGCUCCCUCGAAGACGCCAAAGCCGCCCUAGAUGUCCUCAAGUGGAAAGUGCGCGACGAUGGAGAGCCAUAGCAACAACGUUACGGUGUGUGAAUGCGUUAUCUCCCAAGUGAGCAUGC